GCCAAAUGGAAAACGCCACCUUAGAGAUAAACUAUUUUGUCUCACAAGUGCAUCCGUUUAAGGAGAUCUUCUUCUUCUUGUCCCUCAGCACUUGGCCGAAGCCCCUCUAUUUCUUUGGUAAUGGAGAGUUGUUCUCUGCACCUACGGGCCGUAUCAACCAUACCCAACUCUCUCUACAGAAGUGGGUUUGCAGAAAAGUCUUUGUUUUAUGGUCAAGCCCUCAAAUUUCCCAGUUUCAAGGGGAACCCACAUGGCAGGAGGCUCAAAUUUAUUGAUUUAAAAGCAGCUCAGGCUCCAGGUACAGGCAAAAUCAGGGCAACAGGGGCAAUGUCAAAUGAAGUAGAUUCAAAAGAUGAGAAUCUUGCGUUUGUUGCAGGUGCCACUGGUAGAGUUGGCUCACGAACUGUAAGGGAGCUUCUAAAACUUGGUUUUCGAGUUAGAGCUGGAGUCAGGAGUGCUCAGAAAGUAGAAAACCUAGUAGAAAGUGUCAAGCAGAUGAAGCUCAAUCCCAUUGACGGAACCACACCUGUAGAAAAGCUUGAAAUUGUGGAAUGUGACUUGGAGAUAAGAGACAAGAUUGAACCAGCAUUCGGUAAUGCAUCCAUAAUUAUAUGCUGCAUUGGUGCUAGUGAGAAGGAGGUUUUUGAUAUUACAGGACCUUAUCGGAUUGACUACCAGGCCACCAAGAACCUAGUUGAUGCAGCAAAUUCGGCAAAAGUUAACCACUUUAUUUUGGUCUCAUCUUUGGGAACAAAUAAAUUUGGAUUUCCAGCGGCUAUUUUGAAUUUAUUCUGGGGAGUACUAAUCUGGAAGAGGAAGGCAGAAGAAGCUCUAAUAGCCAGCGGCAUUCCUUACACUAUAGUCAGACCUGGAGGAAUGGAACGACCCACUGAUGCCUACAAGGAAACUCAUAACAUUAUCCUCUAUCCUGAAGAUACCACAUUUGGGGGACAGGUGUCAAAUCUUCAGGUGGCAGAACUCAUGGCAUGUAUGGCCAAAAACCGCAGCCUUUCAUAUUGCAAGGUAGUUGAAGUGAUUGCAGAAACAACUGCACCACUGACCCCUAUGGAGGAACUUCUUGCAAAGAUAUCAACUCAGCGUGCUGACAUUUACUCACCAACGUCUCCUUCUCCUACUCCACCAAGUGGUCAGAAAGAAUUAAAUGUAGUUGAUAGAGCAUCCAAGCCUGCUCAAGCAAAUGCAUCAGGGCUUACAAGUAGCACCGAUAAGACAUUAUCAGUCCCUGGAGAAAUGCCAAAAACAAGGCCUCUUUCACCUUACAUAGUUUAUGAGGACUUGAAGCCACCUAGCUCUCCAAGUCCAACACCAAGUGGCCCCAAAGAAGCAGCUGCCGUUGCCUCAACACCUGUAGAGAAUGGCACAACAUUGACUGAAGGCAACAAUGUACCAAAAACAACACCAACCAGUGUUGUUGAGAAGGAUCCUUCCCAGAAUUCAACUUAUCGUUCCCCCUACUAUGUAUAUGAUGACUUUAAGCCCCCAUCAUCACCAUCACCUAGCGCACCAAGAUCGAUUCCUGUAGACAGCAGUGGAUCUCAAGGUGCUACCCUGUCAGUAAACAGCAAAGCAGCUCAACCUCAAAUACCAGAUAAAUCAAGUGAUGGACCGCAAGACAACGUACCGAAGCCACGACCUCUUUCACCUUAUACAAUGUAUGAGGACAUGAAGCCUCCAACAUCACCAACACCAUCUCCAAGGAAAUCUUAAGAGAACAAACUGUCAGUCAUGUCAACAAGAAUCCUGGAAGCAACUGCAAUCGCCAGAUGAAACACACACAGAAACUGCGGAGAGAUUUUGGUUUUAAAUCAGCCAUCUGUUUCAAUUUCCAGUGCAUUAUUUGACAUCCAAGUCUCUAUACACAAACUGUAACAAUAAAAAUUCUAGUUGCAUUGAAUUGCAUUCCUUUUUCUCAUUUUAAAGUUUAACCUGUCCCAAACAUGAUCCUUUGUUCUUGAACUUGUGAAGCUUGUAACUUGCAGGAAUUAGUUUGUCUAUUGAAAAUAUGUGCAUCUUUCAAACAGACAAGAAAAUAAUAAUGCCAAUUGAAA